AUGUCAACACCACAGUUUUCUCCCUCUCAAAUCAUGGCUGUUUCUGAUGGCAUGAAAAACAAACUACAAGAAGUAGCCCGUACUGCCAUCAUGUCCGACAAUGAAUUGGAUGAAAAAAUCAUUAUUAGUUUUGUAGGACCAAAAUCAACUUACAAAACAGGAAUUCUCUACACUCAUGGUAAAAAGAAAAUUCCGAAAGAAAUGGAAUUACCAAUUUAUUUUGCUCACUCGAAUUACAUGAUCAAAUUGAGUGCGGAUCAUAAAGUGACAUUUGAUCCACGAGAUUUGAGAGAUGAUGAUGACAAGGAGACCAUUGGAAUUAGAAAAGAUGCAUAUUAUUAUUCGACAGGAUUUGUUCUAUGUUUUAAUCCUUACGAAAUUGAGCAUUUGAAAAUACUUGAAAAAAAGUACCUUCCUGAAAUUUUGAGUAUCAAGAAGAAAGCAAAAAAGGAAAUGCCUUUCGUAUUAUUUGGUUUUGAUUGGAAUCCUAAUGGACCCGUAAAAAGAAAUAUUGAAGAUAAAAUUCCACAUGAAACGAUUAUUUCAUUUGCCAAAAAAGUUGGUGAAAUGACUGCUUAUAUUGAGCUACCGGAAGUGACUGUGGAUUGUGUGGAUUAUGUGAUGGACAUUCUAUUGCGAACAUUGUAUCAAGCUGGUGGACAAUUUAGAAAGAAGGGUUUAGAGGAUUCUGAUUUGGAGCAAAUGGAAACGUAUGCUGCAAAAAUGAAGAAGAAGUGUAUCAUUCAGUAA